AGAGAGAGAGAGAGAGAGAGAGAGAGAGAGAGAGAGAGAGAGAGAGAGAGAGAGAGAGAGAGAGAGAGAUGGAGCAGGUGGCCAUGGCGGUGAAGGUGUUGCUGAGCCUGUGCUGCGUGGGGGCGUGCGGCCUCGUCGUGUACCUCUACAGCAUCCUCUGGCUCGAGCCACAGAGGGUCCUCGCCGAGUUCAGGAUGCAGGGCAUCGGCGGGCCCCCGCCGUCGUUCCCUUACGGCAACAUCGCCGACAUGCGGGAGGCCGUCGCCGCCGCGAAGGCCGCGCGCGCGUCGGCACGCCGCGCCGCCGCAGGCGGUGGUGGCGUCGGCAUCGUGCACGACUACCGACCGGCCGUGCUGCCCUACUACGAGAAAUGGAGAAAAGAACACGGUCCCAUCUUCACUUACUCCAUGGGAAACGUCGUAUUCCUUCACGUGAGCCGGCCGGACGUGGUCCGGGACAUCAACCUCUGCGUGUCGCUGGACCUCGGCAAGAGCUCCUACCUCAAGGCCACGCACGAGCCGCUCUUCGGCGGGGGCAUCCUCAAGUCCAACGGCGAGGCCUGGCUGCACCAGAGGAAGAUCAUCGCCCCCGAGUUCUUCCUGGACAAGGUCAAGGGCAUGGUGGAUCUCAUGGCCGAUUCUGCGCAACCACUGCUGAAGUUGUGGGAGGAGAGAGUUGACAGAAAUGGUGGGAUCACAGACAUUAAGAUUGAUGAUGACAUUAGGGCCUACUCUGCAGAUGUGAUCUCUAGAACGUGCUUCGGUAGCAGCUACAUAAAAGGAAAGGAAAUCUUUAUGAAGAUCAGAGAACUUCAGCAGGCUGUGUCCAAGCCAAAUGUGCUAGCUGAAAUGACUGGCCUAAGGUUCUUUCCUUCAACGAGGAACAAGCAGGCGUGGGAGCUUCAUAAAGAAGUCCGCAAACUUAUUCUAGAAAUCGUAAAAGAAAGUGGAGAAGACAGGAACUUACUAAGUGCAAUUCUUCACAGCGCAAGCUGCAGCAGGGUGGGCAUCGCUGAGGCAGAGAACUUUAUAGUGGAUAACUGCAAGAGCAUAUAUUUUGCAGGAUAUGAGAGCACAGCUGUCACAGCUGCCUGGUGUCUAAUGCUCCUUGGACUGCACCCAGAAUGGCAGGACCGGGUGCGAGCAGAAGUGCAUGAAGUCUGCAGAGGCCGGCCAGUAGACUCCCAAUCACUUCAGAAAAUGAAAAAUUUGACAAUGGUGAUCCAGGAAACCUUGCGCUUGUACCCAGCAGGGGCCUUUGUAUCAAGGCAGGCCCUCCAGGACCUGAGGCUUGGUGGUGUACAUAUACCAAAAGGUGUCAACAUCUACAUCCCUGUCUCCACAAUGCAUCUUGACCCCAAGCUAUGGGGCGCUGAUGUGAAAGAGUUCAACCCAGAGCGUUUCUCUGAUGUUAAACCCCAGCUACAUUCAUACUUGCCGUUUGGUGCUGGGGCACGGACCUGCCUAGGGCAGGGAUUUGCUAUGGCUGAGCUUAAGAUCCUCAUCUCUCUUAUCAUCUCCAAGUUUGUUCUGAAGCUCUCACCACACUACGAGCAUUCUCCGAUACUUAAGCUCACCAUGGAGCCAGAGCUUGGUGUGGACCUCACCUUAACAAAAGUGCAGUGUCUAUGCUGACUAAAGAGGGAUUCUGCAAUUCGGGCACAAUAAUAUUAGUCGUACUAUGUGAUAGAAAGAAAACUAUGAUCUGACGAGUGCAGCUUCCCAGGAGGGUAGGGGGUAAUUUGUACAGAGAUAUCCAUGAUAUGUACAGUAGGCUUGAUCUUUUUGUGUGCAUGUUCAUAAUAAAUUGAUAGAGAAAUCGUGCCAAAUGAGCCUAUCAUUUAUGCCAACAUUGUAUGGGAAAACACUACAGCUUUAGUACCGAAAAGAAAUAUAUGUUGGAAUAUUAUUAAGGUGUUCAA